AUGUCUGACACAUCAUUACAUGUGGAAAAGCAGUUUUCAUUAUGCGGUCUUGGCUUACGUGCAGCUGUAUUCCUCUGCACACUCACGCAGCUCAUUUUUUGUGCUGUAACGGGAAUUUGCUUAAAUCAAUUUCUUGAAUCAACGACCAUCGUCUACAUUCUCUUAUUCAUACAUAUAACUUGCGCGUUAAUGGCAUUGGUCUUCUUUGUUUUUUGUCUAAUUCAAAGAAAAUUCGGAACAACCUAUGAAGUGAUUCUUCACGCCUACUUACUUAGUAUCCUCUUGAUGGCUCUAACUUCUUUUUUUGGCGUCAUGUACUUACCGCUGUCAUUUCUUCAACAGACACACUCUAUUAGCGAGGGUGUUCAUUAUGCAUUUUUGUUGGCUGCUGCAAGUGGUUUAUUAGCUUUACAAUUUAUCCAACGAAACCUGGUGGAGCAGAUGUUACCUAUCAUGGAACACUCGUUUCGCUGA